GGGCUCAGGAGCCCGGGCCCCGGGGCCACCGCAACAUCAUGACAACAGAGAAGAGUUUAGUGGCUGAAGCUGAAAAUUCGCAGCACCAACAACAGAAGGAAGAAGGUGAGGGAGCCACAAAUUCAGGCCAACAAGAAACUCAGCUUGAGGAGGCUUCUCAGGAGGCAGCUGAGGGAGAUAAUCAGUGUGAGCAGAAGCUGAAAACAUCUAAUGGAGAUACUCCUACACAUGAAGACUUAACCAAGAACAAGGAGCGGACAUCAGAAAAUAGGGGCCUGUCACGACUGUUCUCCUCAUUUCUCAAAAGGCCUAAGUCUCAGGUUUCUGAGGAAGAAGGCAAAGACGUAGAGUCAGCUAAAGAGAAAUGUGAAGGAGGUCAGAAAGAGAUAGAAUUUGGAACCAGUCUUGAUGAAGAGAUCAUUUUAAAAGCCCCAAUUGCAGCUCCUGAACCUGAACUCAAAACAGACCCAUCCUUGGAUCUUCAUUCAUUAAGCAGUGCAGAAACACAGCCCGCUCAGGAAGAACACAGAGAAGAUCCAGACUUUGAAACUAAGGAAGGAGGAGACCUUGAAGAGUGCUCUAAAAUAGAAGUAAAAGAAGAAAGUCCUGAGUCAAAAGCAGAAAGAGAAUUAAAAGCUUCCCAGAAAUCCAUCAGAAGACACAGAAACAUGCAUUGCAAGGUUUCUUUGUUGGAUGACACAGUUUAUGAAUGUGUUGUGGAGAAACAUGCAAAGGGGCAAGAUUUGCUUAAACGAGUGUGUGAGCACCUCAAUCUUUUGGAAGAGGACUACUUUGGUCUAGCCAUUUGGGAUAAUGCAAACUCUAAGACAUGGCUGGAUUCUGCCAAAGAAAUAAAAAAGCAGGUUCGUGGUGUCCCCUGGAAUUUCACAUUUAAUGUAAAAUUUUAUCCGCCUGACCCGGCACAGUUAACAGAAGAUAUAACAAGAUAUUAUUUAUGCCUUCAGCUUCGAAAGGACAUAGUUGCAGGACAUCUGCCUUGUUCCUUUGCAACCUUAGCAUUAUUAGGUUCUUACACCAUCCAGUCUGAGCUGGGAGACUAUGACCCAGAACUUCACGGUGCCGAUUAUGUUAGUGAUUUUAAACUGGCCCCAAAUCAGACCAAGGAACUUGAAGAGAAGGUCAUGGAACUCCAUAAGUCAUACAGGUCCAUGACUCCAGCUCAAGCUGAUCUGGAAUUUCUUGAGAAUGCCAAAAAGUUAUCUAUGUAUGGUGUUGACCUUCAUAAAGCAAAGGACUUGGAAGGAGUGGAUAUCAUCCUAGGUGUCUGCUCUAGUGGCCUUCUGGUUUAUAAAGAUAAGCUGAGAAUUAACCGCUUCCCUUGGCCCAAAGUGCUGAAGAUUUCUUACAAACGUAGCAGCUUUUUCAUCAAGAUCCGUCCUGGAGAGCAAGAACAGUAUGAGAGUACCAUUGGAUUCAAACUUCCCAGUUACCGAGCAGCUAAGAAAUUAUGGAAAGUCUGCGUAGAACAUCACACAUUUUUCAGAUUGACAUCUACAGACACCCUUCCUAAAAGCAAAUUUCUUGCACUGGGAUCCAAAUUUCGAUACAGUGGCCGGACUCAGGCGCAGACCAGGCAAGCUAGCGCCCUGAUUGACAGGCCUGCCCCACACUUCGAGCGUACAGCAAGCAAACGGGCAUCCCGGAGCCUUGAUGGGGCAGCGGCUGUUGAUUCAGACCGAAGUCCCCGGCCCACCUCUGCACCCGCCAUUGCUCAGAGUCAGGACACAGAGGUUUCUAAAGCACAGAAGGAAACAGUGAAGGUUGAAGAGCAAAAGGAAGAAGUGCCACCCGGGCAGGCUGAACCGGAACCCACAGAAGUGUGGAAGGUGGAAAAAACCCACAUCGAGGUCACAGUACCCACCUCAAAUGGUGACCAAACACAGGAUUUAGACAAAAGUCAAGAAGAGAUAAAAAAACAUCAUGCCAGCAUCAGUGAGCUGAAAAAGAACUUCAUGGAAUCUGUACCAGAACCACGGCCUAGUGAAUGGGAUAAACGCUUAUCCACUCACUCCCCAUUCCGAACACUUAACAUCAACGGGCAGCUUCCUACAGGAGAAGGAAAUAUAAAUGGCAUUCGCACAGAGGAGGCGGCUGCCGUGGCAAAGGGGCCAUCUACCAACCCUGACUCUGAAUGGGAUGGUCCCAAGCAUUCAGUAAUUCCUAGUAAGAGCCAAAUGACCACCCCGUCGGAGUCUCCACAAAGCUUUGAGUUUGGCUCCCUGUCCAUAAGCAGCAAGGAGACAGAAGAGAAGGAGCAGGGGGCAGCUGGCUAUCUUGAUGUUAAGGAAAUACCAAGAGGCUCAAGUGGGGAAUGUAUAGGAAUGGAGGAACAGGCCAGUGCCUUAAACUUCUCAGUAUCGCCAGCUUCCUCUCAGCUUCAACUUGGUGAAAAAAAGGCAGAGAGUAGUGAAGAACAUGUUACACCAGGAGAGCCACUUGGAAAGCAAAAUGGAUCAUUUCAUGACUCUCGUGUGGGUAACCAGUUCCCCACCCUCAUUCGAAGUUUCCAGCCUCCCCUGGUGAAGACUCAGACCGUCACCAUCUCAGAUACUGCCAACGCUGUGAAAAGUGAAAUCCCAACCAAAGAUGUCCCUAUUGUUCACACAGAGACCAAGACCAUCACUUACGAGGCUGCCCAGACUGACGACAGCAAUGGGGACUUGGACCCAGGAGUCCUGCUGACAGCUCAGACCAUCACAUCUGAGACCACAAGCAGCACAACCACAACUCAGAUUACCAAGACCGUAAAAGGUGGGAUUUCAGAGACCCGGAUUGAGAAGAGAAUCGUGAUCACGGGAGAUGCCGAUAUUGACCACGACCAGGUCCUCGUCCAGGCCAUCAAGGAGGCGAAGGAGCAGCACCCAGACAUGUCAGUGACCAAGGUGGUCGUCCAUCAGGAGACCGAAAUCUCUGAGGAAUGAGCUCAGGAACUAUCCUACCCCAACUCCCUGCCUGUCUCCCAUCCACAAGAAAACCAGCAAAAUGAUAAAGACGCUUACCUGCAACAGUCAGACUUCAGGCUUUCAAAAUUGCUAUAAACCACCAGAAAAUUAACUUUGUUUUCUAUUUGGGGUUUAUAUCAAGAGAGUCUUCUAGACGUUGCUGAUUCUUUUAAUACCUUUUUCUAUAUUGUGAUACCAGAGAUUGUUCAACUUUUCACUCUGCGGACUGUUUUUAAAGAGCUUUGUGUUUUUUUAAUGGGGUGGUUUGUAACCCCUUCAGCCUAGCCUCUCCCCAUUCACUUCCAACCCAGAUACUGACAGGUCUACAGAAUUCUUGGGGAAAUCCUCCAGAGGCUCUGUCAGCUGUGUUGGGGGCCAAAGCCAGCUUAAUGGGGCUUCCCUGCUCCUCCCCUACUUUUAUACCCUUUCGAUGCCGGCAGAAACUUCACGAACCAGCCGUUUCUCAGAGCCAAUGAUGUGACUUUACCAUGUGAGGCGGCGCAGCUUUCCUGAUCCACACGCCGCAGGGAGACAUCCCUGUCCUUUUGUUGAGGGUGGUUUUGGUGAGGCAGAGAUCUCUGCUAAGAAUGUAGUGUUGUUUUUCCUUCUUUCCUCCUGUUCUUUCUUUUGGAGCUUCUUUAGAUCAAAGACAUAAGAAGUUGUUCCAGAUAUAUCUGAUACUGUGAAUGUUCGAACAAAUCUGUGGCCUUCACCUUCCUGCCCUCCCUUCCCCUUUUACCUCGUCAGAAGCAGUGGCUCUGCUAAGUGCUCCCCCCACCUCCCAUCUCAGGAGACCAAAACUCACAGAAAAAUAGGCACUUUUGGCCAAAAGCUCUAAUGGCACAUUUUUAGUGAUGAUUUGAGUAAGGAAAGUUGAUGAGAUUUAAAAAAAAAAAAAAAAAGGCUUUCUAGUUCUGGGAAUGUGCACUUCACACAGGGGAAUGGUGUUUACCUCAGUCAGAUCCCACUAAGAAGUAUUUCCAGGUGACCAACCCUGGGCCUUUUUCUUUAAUCCUGGGAUGAUUGGAAAUGUGACUCAGAGAGGAGGUUGUGUUCCUUGACCUUUCUUCUCCUGACCGGUACCUGCCUGCAGACACCGUUCUGGAGCAAGGGAAUUGGCUUUUAGGGGCCGUCCUUCCCACAAAACCCCACACGCUAGGCAGCACCAAUGCCAGCUCUGCUCAUUCCCACUCGCCAUCUGAGGUCUGUCAGGUGUUGUAGGCUUGAUCUUUGUGGUGGGUUGUGGUUUAUUUUACUUCUAAUUUUUUUUCCUUAGUUUUGGAAAUGGGACUUAGUUUUGGAAAUGAGCCCAGUUCCCCCAUUACUGGUUGAUCUGGAGGCCUUUUUAUUCAAUAGUGCUUCCCAAAUCUUCUAGCUGGCUUCCCACAAACACAUCUGCCUGGAAGUUCUUAGAAUCUUAUGGUGGGACAGAAGUGAACUUCAUGAGCUAGACAGUGGGUCACAGUCGGCAGUCUCUGGGCUCAAGAGGCAUGAGUGAGAGAAGUGUAAAACCUCUGGUCCCCACAGUGGGGGCCAGCCGCAUGUGUCCAAAGCCUCUACUGGCUGAGUCUUCUAGACAAAGUUGGUUGGUUUGAACUGAUUUCAGAUGUGUGCAUUUUUCAUUUAGUACUUAUGUGAGCCUGUUACUAACCACAAGGCAGCUCUCUGGAGAGGGACAGGAAGAACUCAGGUGGGACGUGUGACAGGCCUGGGAGAAAGGACUGUCCUGUCUCAGGAGCAGACUUCUGGCCUGUGGGCAUAGGGUCCGAAAUGAGGGGGCUGGCUUGGUGCCUAAGCCUGGCGGUGAGGUUCAGAAUCCAGCUCACAUCAGAUAGCAUGUAACGUGAGCUUGCUUUCCAGCGGCCAGCUGUCCUGCUGAAAGAGCUCCCAGCUCCCAGAGCUGACAGCUGUGGAAUGAGAGGGUGGGGGUGAGGAAGAGGGCCCACCGAGUUGUCCACUGUCCACGCGGGUGUGCUGUCCACACUGCUGAUGGGGGCCUGCACGCCCCCGUGGCUUUGUCACCAGCUCACGGUGCUUCUCCUCUGCUUCCUUGACUGUAAACUGGGCCAGAAGAUCUCAAAUGCCCUUGCAGCGCUGAGAAGACACAACUUGGAAAAGCUGGGAAGAGGAUGUCCUUCCAAGCUUCUUCCCCUAUCCUCCCUCCUGGGAACAGAUCUGGGGCUUUGACAAUUGUUUGGAUUUUUUUUUUUCUUCCUGCAGUUAUGUGUGCAUUU